GGAAAAUGUGAAGCUCUUGGUAAGUAUAAUGAAUUGAAAAACGUAGAAAAUUAUACAGGAAUUGUAUUAGACAAAGAAACUUCGGAGCAAAAGAUAGAACUAUCAAACGUUUCUUUUAAAGAAGAAGAAGCAUUUUACAAUAUACAAGUUGGCACGAUUUAUCCCAUUCAAAAUAUUGAUAAUGACCUAAAAACAACAUGUAAUGAAAUAUCCAACAAGAAUGACCAACUUCGAAUAGCUGGAAUAUCUGUUUAUAAAGCAUAUAUGAAUGCCGGAGCAGGUUUACUCUUCAAGAUACUUAUACUUUUCAUGCUAAUUCUAUCGCAGACUCUACUCAGUUUUAGCGAUUAUUGGCUCAUUAAAUGGUAUGACUUUUACUGUAAUUAAGUUAAAUUUUCAAUAGCGAAGUAUCAUUUAAAAUAAUAAUUUUAAUGAUGAAUUUAGCAAAAUGUAAGAUAUUUUACGAAAAAUCACUUUCCUGAAAAAGAUACU